AUGGACCAAUCAGAAUUUAGGAAGAAAGAACAAUUUAUUAUUGAAAAAGAUAAAGUUCUGGUGGAAUUAUUUGUAAUGAGUCGCUGCCCAGACGCUGUCGAAUGCGAAGCAAUUAUGGCAGAAGUUGCAAAAGAAGUAAACGAUAUUUCAACUUUUAAAACCAAUUAUAUUGCAACAUUAAAUUCCUCUGCUACAUACGGAGCUACUUGCAAACAUGGAGAUCUAGAAUGCAAGGGAAACAUUCAAGAACUUUGCUUCCACAAAGCUAUUCCGAAUGAUUUGAUCUUUUUCAAUUAUCUUUUAUGUACUCAUCGUUCACUUAACCUUAUUGGUUCACAUAAAUGGGCUAAACAAUGCUCAGAAGAAGUUGGACAGGAUUAUGGUCCAAUUGACGAAUGUGUAAAUUCUGAUAUUGGUUUGAAUUUAUUUAUUGAAAGCGUUAAAAGAGCAAAGGAUUAUCAAGCAAAUAAAAGUUGCACGAUUUUUAUUAAUGGAAAAAAAAGAUGUAUUAAAGAUGGAAGUUGGUAUGAUUGUCCUAAAGGGCAUUCUGUUAAAGAUUUUAUAAAUUCUAUCAAAAAUGCUUAA